AUUCCGUCUUAAAACACGAAUGUGGAUUGCUGCGCUUACCAUUGUACGAAUGAAGUACUGACGGACCUUCACGUUACGGUGGGAAAGUGUAUGACCGUACGAUCAUGAUCAGGACUUAAUGUCAUGACCUUCUUUCAGACCCUAAGAGGAUUUAGACAUCUGCUUAGAGUCUCCAGAAACCAAAACAUAUCUCCAGAAGCUUUGUGAAGACAGGAAGAGAGACCAACAGCAACAACAACAACAACAACAAAAACAAAUCCAAUCAGAGACGCACUUCUGCAAAACCUGAAAGAAAAAAAAGGUGCAAAAGGCGCAAAAAUGAACGUGGAGACGUUGUCUCAAGACUCCAUGUUGGAGUGUCAGAUCUGUUUUAACUACUACAGCCCCCGUCGGCGGCCCAAGCUGUUGGACUGCAGGCACACGUGCUGCUCUGUGUGCCUGACUCAAAUGCGCAGCACCCAGAAGGAGAUCCGCUGCCCGUGGUGCCGUGGCGUUACCAAGCUCCCAGCGGGCUUGUCCGUUUCUCAACUGCCCGACGAUCCCGAUAUCAUCACGGUCAUCGCCAUCCCGCACGCCUCUGAACACACGCCCGUGUUCAUCCGUCUCCCCAGCAACGGCUGUUACAUGCUCCCCUUGCCUGUCGCCAAGGAACGUACCUUGUUGCCCGGCGACCUGGGUUGCCGACUGUUGCCGGGCAUGGGCGGGGGUCAGCAGAAAGGCAUGGCGAUGGUUGCCAUGCCGGAGGAGGAGCCUCUGGGCUUGGCGAUGGAGGGAUUGGAGGGAGAGAUGGAGAGGAGAGGAGGAGUAGGCGGAGGUGUUGUGGUAGGGAAGGGUUCCACGUGGUCGGGGGUGUGCACGGUUAUCCUAGUGGCCUGUGUGUUGCUCUUCCUGCUGGGCAUAGUGCUCCACAACAUGUCCUGCAUCUCCAAGCGCUUCACCGUCAUCUCCUGUGGUUGACUGCCCACCUUCUCUUUGCACUCCCUCGCACAUACACACACACGCACACACAUACACCUUGACUGCCCUGCGAGCACUCUACUGUGGCCCUGUGCCAGAGAAACUACUUAAAGGAACAGGAGGACAGGAGAACAUUAUUCACAUAAUGGAUGCCUGGAGAAAUGAGAGGAACAGGGGGGAAGAAAGAAGGAAGUGGGAACUGGGGACCAAAGCUGUGUGUGUGUGUUUCACACUGUACACCUGAGGAAUGCUGGACCAAUGAGAGUGAUAUAUAUUAUGUGUGAGCACACGUACG